AUGACUAUCUCCCGAGUCGGUGUCGGCAACGCCAACGCCUCUCCAACCUCCGCACUACUCCUACACAUCCUGCAAGAUAUAUCGGGCCGCAUUGCAACAAUCUGCUUCGCCCACCGCAUCGGCACAGCCCUCGAGCCAGAAUGCAAAACCUACCGACUAGCAGCAGACGUCUUCAACGACAUCGCCAUGGUCCUCGACUGUCUCUCGCCAGGUGUUCCCGCCGGACCGGCGCGGGUGGCUGUUCUCAGCACGGCCGGUGUCCUCAGGGCCCUCUGCGGCGUAGCUGGAGGUAGCUCGAAGGCGAGCUUGAGUGCUCAUUUUGCGAAAUGGGGGGAAUCUGGCGGAGCUGAAUGCCACUCAUCUCAGGAGACUGUCAUUUCUCUUUUCGGCAUGCUGGUCGGAUCCGUAGUCAUAUCCCACAUAACCAACUUCAGCACAACCUGGCUCAUCCUCCUAACCCUCCUAGCCCUGCAUCUAAGCAUGAACUACGCCGCCGUGCGCGCCGUACAAAUGACAAGUCUAAACCGCCAGCGCGCGAACAUCGUCUUCUCAACACUCUUCGACUCAGACAGGAGUCUAGCACUAGCUCUAGAUCCUGAACUCGAUCCUACGCCAAGCCUAUCUAAAACCAAAAACGAGUGGACAGUCCUCACACCAGCACAGGUAUCCAAGCACGAGCGCAUCUUCCACCGAGACGGGGCAUUACAGUGGACGCAGCACUCAACGCAUACAACCCAACAUCUCGGAUCCGCACAGAUAGGCGUGUCCAUGUCUACUUUCCUCGGUUCCGUGUCUGGUACAUCAUUCCCGCGCACCCUCCCGCUACAGCGACUUGCGGCUGUUUUUGCCAAUGAGUCCUAUAUAUUAUUUCUCGUGCCGUUGACAAGUGGAGGGAAUGUGAAAUGGCAUGCUUCGAUUCUCCUGAAACGGGGCUGUACUGUUGAGCAUCAGUUGAAGGCGUGGGCUCAUGCUUUGCUAGCUGCAAGGGUUCUGGUCCGGAUUUCAACGGGCUCUUCUGUUGAUGCUGUUCUCGCUGUCGUGGAGCGGACUCUUGGGUUGUUGAAUGCUAAUGCGCGCUUUGAGAGAUAUCUCACGGAGCUGGGUGGUGUUGGGUGGGAUGUUGAUAUUGCGGCUUUGGAGACGAGGGCUGGACGGAGGAUUGAGCAUUGA